UGCAGAACAUGUAUGCCGACAGACAAAUGAGCAUUUUUGUUUGCACGUGUCCGGCUGUGACACAGGACAGUAGACGUCAGGUUAUCACGUGGAAACGACUGUGACGCGAACGGUCUCGUUGCUGUGUUUGCUGCGCUGACUUAUAAGGACAUAUAAGGACAUCCGCACGCACGGGCUGUGCGCCUCGACGGGAACAUGGCGGAGGCCGCCGCGGCUACACUUCAGCACCGCUUCUUCUGUCACUGCUGCAAGCGUGAAACGCAACCCUUACUCCCGGAUUUUGUCUGCCCCAGGUGCAAGUCUGAUUUUAUUGAGGAGGUGGAAGAUGACUCCAGACUCCUGGAGAACAACACGCCAGACACCAGCGAAGACUCUAACUCGUUGUACUCAGAAUUAUGGCAGCUGUUGUUCAUGGAGCGCUCUGCUCUGCUGUCGCACCCGCCGUCGUCGGAGUCAGAGCAGGAGGACAGCGAGAGGUUGCUUAGCGCUCAAAGUCGUCUUCCUUUAGUGCCAGCGGGCAAUGCUGAGGUCAGAGAGCUACAGGUUCUAUCUCUGCCCGGAGAGGAGGGGUCACACCGGCCUGAACAAAGGCCUGAAGUGGAAGGGAUUGUGCAGCACUACUUGGCCAACCUGUUUACGACCAACGCAAACCCCGGCGCUUCACCAGCUGCAUUAACAAGCAUGCUACAGCUGUACUCAAACCCUGCAGAUUAUGCCUGGGGUCAGGGAGGUCUGGAUACAGUCAUCACAGAGUUGUUAGGACAGUUGGAGAACACAGGUCCACCCCCUGCCGAAAAGAACAUGAUCUCAUCCUUGCCGACUGUUUACAUUUCUCAAGAGCAAACAGAGAGCAGAUUGGAGUGUACAAUUUGUAGGGAGGAGUAUUCAUUAGGGGAAUCUGCCCGGAAGCUCCCCUGCCUCCAUUACUUCCACAGUGAAUGCAUAGUGCCAUGGCUGAAGCUGCAUGAUACCUGUCCAGUGUGCCGAAAAAGCCUUGACGGCGUCGACAAUAGCCUCCUCCUGCGCGCAUCACACUCUCCAGAGGGUCGCUCCAUCAGGACAGAGCAACAGGGGAGGCAGGCCAUCUGAGAUGUGGCAACGUCGCUUAUGUGGCGACCAUCAUUGUCAUUACUUGCAGCUUGAACUGUCACUUCACUUGCACAUUUUAGCCAAGGAGCCCUAAUUUUUCUUCUCUGCACUAAAUCACUCAGCAGUAAGCUAACAAGACCGCAAACGCUACCGCACUCUGGUGGGUUCCUCAGUGGCUGAUUCAGAUGUCCCGAACUUGUCACCACCAAGCUGCCAGUUGACUGAAUUCCCGGGGAAUGACACUUUUACACGAACACUGUUACAAAGACAGUGACUUAAUUUUCUACACUUGAUCUGAAUCAGCAUCAGGCUCCUCUGUUUAUAAAGCUGUUAUUAAAGUGUAUCACUGUGAUCCUCA